GCUCCUCCCUCACACUGUGGAGCUGUGCUACCAGAACUCCCUGCUGCACACCAGUGAAGAGUUGGCCAUGGUUGUGGUGGGACCCCUAACCUUGAAUGCAGUGCUGCUUCUCAUGGUCCUGAUCAGAUGGGGCUGUCAGCAGCUGUUUGACUCAUUCCCUCCCUUCUUGUCAAAGUUUAUCAUAGCUAUGGGACUAUGGACAGUGCUAGACCCCUUGGCAGUGUUUGUAGUGGAUUCAUUCCUGGGGCGAUUUGGGAACAGCGUAGAGAAACCCAUUGCUGAUGCUGCAAAACUCUCCUGGGUGUUUCUAAGAGCAGGGGAGUCAGGAGUUCCUGGUGCCUUAAUCACAGUGAUGCUUUAUACCAUCCUGUUCAUGAUCUCAUCAACAGUGUUGUACCUGUAUUUUUUAAGGCUACAUAGUGAAGGUUGGCUGUUGGAUGUAUUUCGACGUAUCCAUGGUGAGGAAGGCACGUUCUUUGUUCCACUGGACUUGGAGAUUUCCAUUCAGGAGCUGAGCUACAUUAUGAAGAGGGCUGAGCAGUGGAGAGGAAUCAAUGGUGAAAGACGGGUGGUGGCAGUGUCUGAUUACAUCUGGAAGGACCACGCCAGCCAGCCUGGUGGCUCCAGCUGUGACCUCCAGCUCCAGGAUGAAAUCCCUGACGCUGCAGCCAGCUGGGAAGGUAGCACCACUGUUCACGUCUGUGUCUACACGGUUCACCUCAGCGGCUUCCAGGAGCUCUACAGGCGCUUCCUCAGGCUGCCUGAUGGGGCUAUCAUUGAGGCAUUUGGUGAUGUUGGUGAGGAAAGUCUUUUGUGUAAAGUGAGCACAGAUCAGGAGCGUAAAAGGGAAAAGGAUGGUGUGCUGUGUGCAUCUACACUUAUCAAGCUGAGGGAGAGGAAAAAGAGUACAGCAAGGUGGAAAGGAAAUUGCAUUGUCUCUGACAAGAGCUAGUUCCUGCAGUAACACAUGGCCUGUGGAGUUGUUCACAUCAUGAUCCACAUCCAUGGUAUGGCUACUGUCUGAUAGGAUUUAUGUUCCUGAUGGAUGCAUCUCUGCCCAUGCAGCGUUGUCCUGCGAAUGCUCCCUUCGUAGCUCCUCUGUGGCUUCGACAAGCUGUGCAGUGUGGUGAAGUCACAGGAUCAGAUCACAGACUGGAUCAUGAACUCACCAUUAUUUCAUGUGACUUUUUUUCCCUUCCCAUUGCUAGAUCUCUCAGGUUUGCUUGUUUCUGCUUUUUCAGCUUUGCUUGUACCUGUUAUUAGCUGUGGUGGGGAAAGUGUUGAUGAUUUGUAUUUCAGGUUUCAUGACUAAAACAUUGACAGUUUUCAGUAAUUGUUCAAAGCAUGAUGCUAUUGUAAUUGCAAGACUGUGAGAAUGCCCAGAAGAGGAGCAGUGAUAACUUCAUCCACCAGUUAGGCAAGUCCCAACAUGCUGCAAAAUUUACAAGAUCUGAUAGAUCAUUUUUUCUGAGGCUUUUGUGGUGGCCAUAUCCUGCUUUCCCGUGAGCUACAGCAGCUUAAAGCAACCUGGAGGUUAUGUUCAUGCUUUCUUAGAAGUAUUAAAGUUAGAACCAGUCAGUUCUCUUUAGUUAGAACCAGUCAGUGCCUAUUCUAUUUGGCUCCAUACAAAUGUAUCAGAAAUUGUCCAUGCCCCAAAGGCAAGAACUAUGAAAGACAACAGAAGAGGGUGGGAAGGGGAACACAGGCAAGAAAGGUGAAAUCAUUUGUGCAAGGCCAUCUAAGCCAGAGGCAAAUGGAGAAAUACAAGGCAGACUGCCAGCAUCCUGGUUCAGUCUUCCCUUUUUGUCCUGAAAACGAAGCUAGAAACCAGAAGAAACUUACCUUACUGCUAUUUUGAAUCGUUUAUGUAGAAUAAUGUAGUCAAGGUAGUAAUCAGUCACAUUUUUCUAGCAUGUAAUGAUUUUCUGGUGUCCCUUUGUUCACACUGCUAUGGUAAAAGUUUUUCAGAUGUAUUUAUCUUUGUAAGAUCUUACUCAAUAUCUUAAGCAUCGUCGAUUAAUAGCAUUACUAAAAUCUAUAGUUCUCAUCCACCUGCAUAAACAUUAAAUUACAUUAGGUAGUAACCUAAAGGUUUAAAUGUCACUCCUGAGCACAGUUUUAGUUUGGGAAUACAAGAUAGUGGUUUGGUUUCCACCUUGUUACUUGUUUUUUUUUCUUUUUUUCCAGUUUAUUUGUGUGUGUGUGCAUAUAUCUGUGGACAUUUAAUGACUUAUGCACAGGCAGAAAUGGUGUUAAAAAACUUCUGAAUAUCUACAAGAAUUGAUGUGAUUUUUGUGGCUUUUAUUGCAUAAGAUGUUACUUGGAUUACUUCUCUCUAUCACAACUGGAAUAAAAUUGCCUUUUAAUGUUUGCUUUGCCUGUUGACACUUUAAACUUUUCUACAUAACUUUGGAAAGCAAACUAACUGAAGAGAAACCACCCAGUGACCUAUUGCAGUGUCUGGGUGACAGUACCAAUAUGCUUUGGGCAGUAUCUUACUACGUGAAUCUUCCUGGCCUCAGUUUUGCCUUUCAGCAUGACUGACUAGAAUGAUAAAAUCCCUUUGGCCGGCAUUAUACCCUGAGUUUCUCACCACUGAGUUAAGAUAUCCCAGUCUGGUUCUGGGAGAUUUUAACUUUGGUGUUGGUAAUGCAGUGUUGGAAUUUAGUCUGAUGGUGGGUUGUGGAACCGCCGUAGCUUAAAUUCUGAUAGGACUGCGUUGAUUUUUCUGACAAAUAUGUAUCUAGAACUGAAACUUUGUUCAGCAUGAGGGACUCGACUGACCACUUUUAUUCCUCCAGUUAUAUUGGAAUGUCUCCACUGACUUACAUUUGAUAUAGGAUGUACAAUUCUGUAUAUUACAUAUUUGUGAAAGUUGAAUUUAAGGUAUGUUUAAAUAUUAGGCAAAUUUACCAUAUUUUUUUUAAUGUAGCAUCCUGCCUAUUAAUUUUGAUUACUUGCAUCUUAUGAGUUCCUAUGUUUGUUGGUCAAUGUGCAGUGAGUGGCAUUGGCUUUGAAAUUGUUUUCUGAAGUGCUCUUAUCAGCAGCAUCAUCCAUAAUGCUCAGUUAUAGCUGGAUAGUAAUUGCCUGUCUAUGCAGUGUUCCUUUGCAACAAUUUUCUCCUGUGUAGCUAUAUAUAUGUAGUCAUUACUGAAAAGUGUAAAUAAAGAAUCCUUUUAGUGGUGUAGUUUCCCUGGGUACCUACUGUGCUCUUAUUAUCUAAAACAUAC